AGGCUGGGUUUAUAACAACAACUGGCACAGAACAGAAACAUUUAAAUCAUUGUUUCUUAGGCGUUUAGUGAUGUUAAAAACUCUAUCUAUGUUAUCUUAUAUAAACACAACGGCUUACCAAUGGUCAUGUAAAUUCACCGUUAGCCUGUCAGCUAAUGUCAACAACAAACAACAACACUGCUUAAGAGGGAUUUGUCCAGCUUGCUAACGCCAAAGUUGACUCGCCAACACAAGCAGUGGCUUGACCAGAAAACAAGGAAGCCACUGGCAGUUUAUGUGAAUGGAAGGAGAAGUUUCAAGAGCUGGGUCCAAUGUUGAAGACAACAGCAAGUAUGGGAGGAACCACUGUGAGACCAUGACCCUCAGGAAAGAAGAUAUGCACAUAUAUGGCCACUGUCCAGCACAUGAUGAUUUCUACCUGGUGGUGUGCAGCCACUGUAGCCAGGUGGUGAAGCCUCAAGCCUUUGAGAAGCACUGCGAGAGGCGACAUGGUCCUCUCAUGAAGAUGUGUGGCCAGUCAUCUACUUUGGCUCCACAGCAGCGACCUCGCCCUGGCCGGACUCCUACAAGUCUUCCCGUCUCUAGAGAGAGGCAGAAGGAUGGCAGAUGUCAUGAAGUCAGUGUCCCCUCCUCAGCAGCGUUACCUGUCCACCAGCACAGGCCUACCAAGGCCCAGAAGGACACUUCAAGUUUACCUUCAGUGGACAAGUUCCCUCAGGAGAACCCUCCCCUGCCGCAUCACUCCGCCUCCACGCCUCGUCCUAGGGUUCCUCCAUGGCACACGGGACCCCUACCCCCUGGCCACUGUUCCUCCUCUACCUCCUCCACUUCUCCAUCAGAGAGACCCCCUGUGCAGAAGCCCACAGCUGGGCAGUCGAGUGAGUCUCUCAGUCCUCUGCGGGGAACGAGAACUUACAGCCGGAUUUACAAAAACAUUAACAAGAAAGAAUGUGACCUGAACAAACACUGCAGAGUUGUGGAUCAAGAAAGGAAGAAGCUGUGCAGCCGGAAGCUUAUAUGCAAUAACGAUUCCAUCCACCAGCAGCAGGGAGCGUUGGGUAGGACUAAAACCUUCGAUCAGUUGGCAGUGGAGCAGAGAACCCCAUCAGCAGGUCGAGACAUUGAGCAGCUUCCUGUCAAAUCAAAAGACAAGGAGCAACAUUUAGAAGCUUUUGAAGAGAAAAUAGCAAACCAGGGCAGUAAAACCAACUUCAACAACAACUGCCACAUUCUCAGCAGGUCCAGGAAUCCAUCAGAAAGCUUUCCAGAGGAGGAAGAAGGUGACAGUACUGUGAAAGUGGAGGUUCAACAUCCAUACCCCUUCAACCAGAACCUGCUGUCAAGCGAGGAGAAUGAAGAUGAUGAGCAGGAGGAAGCCACAGACCUGCCUGCCACACCCUGGCACCCCAAACCUCUUGGGCUAUGCACUUUUGGAUGCCACACACUGGGUUGCAGCAUCUUCACCUUCGACCGGCGUUUGCACCACCUGCGGUUUGCACUCAGUGCCAUGUUGGAGCACCACGUCAACACACACUUUAGGAAGAAGAUGCCUGAAGUAUCAUCAGGUCUCAGGUCACACCAUGUCACAUCUCCAUCCUCACCUGUCAGGACUGGAGCUAGACACUCCCACUCCCCUGGCUCCCUCAACUUUGAGUCUACCUCACUGGGACAACUGGAAACCAAAAGUAAUCAGCACCACCCUCACAGUACCAAACCGCCUUCUUCCACCACCUCUGCGAGCCUCGGGCCCAGUCGACAGCGCAACGCUGUUAGGCGACCCGGGAAGGCUCGGCUAAAGGAGGUGGAGCAAAUGCAAGAUGUGAGCGCAGCACAGAAAGCUACAAAGCUGUCACACAGCAGCGAGGACAAAUCCUCCAGAUACAUUAGAGAUCCCCCCCUCCAUGAGAAGGGCCAGCCACACGUUCCCUCCUCUCAAGGACCAAUCAAUGGUACCUUCUCACACGGAAAGAAGCCAUGUCCUCCUCUUCCACUACAGCCCUCAGAGAGACACUUGUCAGUUUUGGAGAAGCGUUCUCCUUUACCGGCUCCUCACCAUCCAACCCACCGCUCCCCCCGCUGCAAAGGGAGGUCCCCAGCGAUUCAGCAGAAAGCGGUGGGCUAUGACCACAGGGCCCCUGCCCAGAAGCGCAAAGGCAGCAGUGAAUCACCACCUCUCAACUCCUCGCUAUCCAUGAACUCCAAGUGUCAACGUUUAUCCUCCCCUUCCCGCUCAAACCUCCUCUCUUUGAAGGGAGAGAGCAUCGAGGAUGUGCUUUCUUGGGGUCUGGAGAAAAGAUCAGACUCCUAAAGAACAGUCAAGAGGCCAGCCUUAAAAAGACCACUUGGAGAAAAGGCCUGCUGCCCACUACAGCUGCUGCCAGUAUGAGUGUGUGUGUGUGUGUGUAUGUGUGUGUUUUUGUUCACAUUUAUUUAUGUCUUCACAUUUUUACGCACAGACAUUAGGAAUAAGUCUUUGUCUGCACAUUACUGUAUGUGUGUAUUAUUGCAAAAUGUCUAUUUUUCUACACGAUUAAAUGUUUGAGUUGAUUGCCUGCGUAAGAACAUAAAAAUACCUCGAUCCACACAUUAUGCUGCUAAAAUGAAAAGUCAUUCAAUGGCAAAAUCAUUAAAAACUUAUGAAAUCUUA